GUGAGCAAUAUCAAAUGCACAGAAAACUUUUACCGUUACUCGUUACUUCGUUAGAGUAAAAGUGUUCUGUGACUUUUAGUUUUUACUGAGCAAAUGCAACGUAAUGAGCUAUAGUUGUUUAUUGUUUAGUUUAUUUUAUUUAUUGUUAUCACUAGCUAGGUAGUUAGUGUUUAAUGUUUAUUUAUUGUACUUUAGUUCUCAGUCCAAAAUACAAAUUCAACAUGCAUUUUAAUUAAAAUCAAAUGUACACUGAUGUUAACAAGAAGGCUUUAUUAUGGAAUCCCCAAAAGUUAAAAAGUCUCGCUCAAGUUUAAAGAAGAAUAACGACGAUUUUCGCAAUUCAAACAACAAAAUCGAGUCUCAAAACUCUGUUGACACUUUUGCUAAAGAAAUUGGUGAUGCACCUGUGGAAAAAGAUGUAAAACAAAUGGAUCCACUCUGGGAUAAUCAGCAAGAUGAAUGUUUAUCAGUUCAAAGAUGUGUAUUGAGGGUAGAGGUGGACAUUAUUUUCCUAGUACUUUUAUCUUUGGGUUUGUUCACAAGAUUAUAUAAUUUAAAUGAUCCUAAUUAUAUUGUGUUUGAUGAAUUACAUUAUGGUAGAUAUGUUUCACUUUACACUAAAGGUGUAUUUUUCUUUGAUACACAUCCACCACUAGGAAAGCAAUUGAUAUAUUUGGCUGGACAGGUGGCUGGUUACGAUGGAAACUUCACAUUUGAUAAGAUUGGGUCACCAUAUACAGAAAAUGUGCCAGUGAGAGCAUUGCGUAUGAUCCCCGCAAUAAGUGGUAGUUUACUAGUGGCAACAGCAUAUCAUUUUAUGCUAGAAAUUUGUACAUAUCAAUGGACAGCUAUACUGGCUGCUUUGCUAGUGUUAUUUGAAAAUGGCUUCUUGGCACAGUCAAGAUUUAUGCUGCUAGAAAGUAUACAGAUUUUGUUUGGCAUGUGGGGCAUUCUGGCCACUGUUAAAAGCACUCGCAAUGUUGGAUUUGCUUCUUUUGUAUGGCUCUGUUUUGGCGCAUUUUCACUUGGCUGCUGCUUUUCGACAAAGUAUUCAGGGUUUUAUACCUAUAUACUGGCUCACAUCUUAGUUGGACGACAAAUGUGGGAUAGGAUUGAAGAAAUGCAAUCUGGCUUACGUCUGGCAACAUCAGCACUCUGGAGAUUGACAGUUUUAAUUGUAAUUCCAUUGACUGUGUAUGUCAGUGUGUUCUACGCACACUUGGCAAUGCUGCCGAAGGCUGGGCCCCACGAUAGUGUUAUGACGAGUGCAUUCCAAGCAUCACUAAAAGGAGGCCUGGCAAGCAUCACCAGAGGUCAACCGUUGCAUGUGGCUCAUGGAUCACAAAUCACAUUAAGACACUCGCACGGUCGCACGUGCUGGUUGCACUCACACGCGCACGUGUACCCCGUGCGGUACGCGGACGGGCGAGGCUCCUCCCACCAGCAGCAGGUCACGUGCUACAGCUUCAAGGACGUCAACAACUGGUGGAUCGUGAAGCGACCCGACGAGGGCUCGCUGGCAGUCGGCAGCCCGCCCGACGUCAUCCGACACGGCGACGUGGUGCAGCUGCUGCAUGGCAUCUCCAGCAGGGCACUCAACUCGCACGACGUGGCGGCCCCCGUGUCGCCGCAGUCACAGGAAGUGUCCUGCUACAUCGAUUACAACGUAUCGAUGCCAGCGCAGAACUUGUGGCAAGUGGACAUCGUGAACCGCGACAGCGAGUCGGCCACGUGGGACAGCAUCCGCUCGCUGGUGCGGCUCGUACACGUGGACUCGGGCUCGGCGCUGCGGUACAGCGGGCGCCAGCUGCCGCCCUGGGGCUUCCACCAGCACGAGGUGGUCGCGGACAAGGUGCUCACCCAUCAGGACACCGUGUGGAAUGUCGAGGAGCAUCGCUACACUAAAGCCGAGGACCGAGGGGAGCGAGAGCGGGAGCUGGUGUCGGCGGAGAUGAUCCCGACGGCCGCCACGCAGCUGGUUCUGGGCCAAGUUCUGGGAGCUGCAGUACAAGAUGGCGGCCCAAGCACCGACGCACUGGGACACAUGUUCGCCAGCGAGCCGCACGAGUGGCCCUUGCUGCAGCGAUCCAUCGCCUACUGGCUGUCCCCCUCCUCCAACGCUCAAGUGCAUCUGAUUGGUAAUCUGGUGACGUGGUACGCGGGCACCGUAUCAGUGCUGAUAUAUGGAGGUCUGCUCGCUCUCUACGCCAUAAGAAAUAGAAGAGCGAUAUCAGAUUUGCCACCACGGGCUUCCACAAGAUUCUACGAAGGUGGCUUCAUUUUAUUCUUAGGCUACUGGCUCCAUUACUUACCUUAUUUCUUUGUAGACCGUACUCUGUUCCUUCACCAUUAUCUCCCCGCCUACAUGUUUAAGAUUCUACUAUUAUCAUUUGUUAUUGAUCAUAUUUAUUUUGUUUUACAUAUGCACGAGAAGACCAGACCUUUUGUGCAGGUCUUUAUAUUGGCCACCGUUGUGUGGAUGUCAUAUGUGAUACUCACGUUUAAGAAGUUCAGUGUACUCAGCUAUGGCAACACUGAUCUGACUGAAAUAGAUCUUAUGAACCUGAGAUGGAAGGACACUUGGGAUUUUAUAUUACAUAAAAAGAGUUAGGAGAGAGAUCUUAUGAAGUGUCUCGUAUUCAAAUACAUUCCAAUACUCGUUACGAAAAGAUUAUUUAUAGUAGUGUUUAAGUUUUCAAGAUAACUUUACAUAAUAUUUAACUUAUUUAUAAUAACUUUUAUUUUUUUUAAUCUUUAUUUAUUAAGAGAUCUCAAAAUACAAUUUUUAUAUCUUUUUCCUUUUCUGAGCUCUAUUUUUUAUAAUGAAAUAUACUUUUUAUGUCAUAA